AUGGAGACUAUCCUCAUAGCAUAUGAUUUAUGGGAUGCAGUGGAGAUUGGAAUACAACCACAGCCGAUUAUUGAGCAGGAAGCAGGCUCUGAAGGCACUGGAGAUGAAGAGAGUGAGGCUGAGGAAAUUCCAGUGGAAGCACCUACUAUCUCCAGAGAAGAUAAGAUCAAAAAUGCCAAGGCUUUGAGUCUUAUUCAAGGAGCACUAACAGAUGAACUCUUUCCACGCAUCAAAAAUGAGAAGACUGCAAAAGGUGCUUGGGAAAUUCUAAGAAGAGAGUUCAGAGGAGAUAAAAAGGUAAGAGCUGUGAAAUUACAAGCUAUUAGAGCUGAUUUUGAAUAUUUGAGAAUGAAUGAUGUUGAAUCUCUGGAUGACUACUUGGCUCGAUUUUUGAAACUGAGGUACAAGUCCAUAGUGUCAAUCAUUGAAGAAACCAGAGACCUUGGCACUAUUAGAGUUGAAGAAAUUCUUCCAUCUGUCAAAGUCUAUGAUAAGAGAGAGGAUCUACAUGAUGAAAGGGAUGAAUUGGCAGGAACUGAGAAAGCUUUUAGCAGUCUUAGAGUUGGAAAUCAUCAAGCUUCUAGAGCUAACAAAAGUUCUCAGGGAAAGCAAAAUCAAAAAUGGCAAGGACAAAACAAAAAGGGCUCAAAUUGGUCUCAAGGUGGAAACUUUAACAACGAUAAUGGCUCAAAUUGGAAUAAUGGCUUUGGAGGGAAUUGGAACAACAGUUUCAAUUCACAAAACAAGCAAGGAAGUAGCAGUCAAGGAGGUGUGAAACCACAGUGCCAAGUCUGUCAGAAGUUUCAUUUUGGUGUGUGCAGGCACAAAGGCAAACCUAGAUGUGGAAAAUGCAAUAGGUUUGGUCAUUUAACUAAGGACUGUGACAACGGCAAACAAGUUGCAAACUGUGCAAAGGAAGAAGAGGUAACCACAGGAACAAUGUUCUAUGCUUGUCAUGCAAGUUCAAUUGCAUCAAGCAAGUCUGUGUGGUUUGUUGACAGUGCUUGCAGCAAUCACAUGACCUCUCAAGAGUCCUUGUUGAUCAAUCUUGAUAGGUCAGUGACCUACAAAGUGAAAAUGGGCACUGGUGACCUUGUUCAAGCCACAGGAAAAGGGACACUAGUAGUUGAGACAAGAAAAGGGAGAAGAUAUAUAAAUGAGGUGCUAUUAGUCCCUGAUUUGGAUGAGAAUUUGUUAAGUGUAGGACAAAUGAUGGAGCAUGGGUACUACAAUCUAUUUAGAGGAAACUAUGCAUUAAUAUGUGAUGACAGCAGCCUUGAUAAUGUUGUUGCCAAAGUAGCAAUGGCUGGAAAUAUAUGCUUUCCAUUGUCUAUGGAAUCUAUCUGCUCAAUGGGAAUGAAAGCAGCAAUGCAAGAAGAUCCAUGGGUUUGGCAUAGAAGAUUGGGGCAUUUGAAUUUUGCAAGCAUGAAAAAAAUGCAGCAAACACAAAUGGUGUUAGGCUUACCUGAUUUCUCAGAAAAAGGAGUAUGUGAAGGCUGUGUGUAUGGUAAAAGCCAUAGAAAACCAUUUGAGAAUGAGAAGCCUUGGAGAGCUAGGAAUCCACUUGAGUUGAUACACACGGAUGUAUGUGGUCCAAUGCAAAAUGAGUCCAUUGGAGGAAAUAAAUACUUCAUCACAUUCAUUGAUGACUAUUCAAGAAUGUGUUGGGUAUAUUUUCUCAGAAACAAGUCAAGUGUGAUAAGUGUGUUCAAAAAGUUCAAAGCUUUUGUUGAGCUACAAAGUGGAUUCAAUUUAAAGAAACUAAGAAGUGACAGAGGUGGAGAAUACACUUCACAUGAAUUCCUUGAGUAUUGCAGUGAUCUUGGCAUGGAGAGGCAAUUGACUAUUGCCUACUCACCUCAGCAAAAUGGGAUUGCUGAAAGAAGAAACAUAACCAUUUGUGAAAUGGCAAGAUCAAUGAUGACUGAGAAGAAAUUUCCUAACAAAUCCUGGAAUUGGGAAAGCAAGCAAGAUGAAACUGUCCAUGUGCCUCUCAUCUUUGAAAAUGGAAGUUCUGAGAUAAUUGAAACAGAAGAAACCUCUCAUGAAACUCACAGCAUUGCUUCACCAAAUCUGAAUCAAUUAAUCUCAAAUAAUGAACAUGUCUCUGAAAGCAAUGGCAGUGGUACCAGUCAAGGGUCAACUCCAAGCAAUACACCAGUAAAGCUGAAAAGUUUGGAGGCCAUUUAUGCAAGAUGUCACAUGACCAUUAUUGAACCUGAAACUUAUUAUGAAGCUGUUGAAGACAAAGCAUGGAAGGAAGCAAUGGAUGCUGAGAUUGAAACUAUUGAAAAGAAUGGAACUUGGGAGCUAGUGGAAAGGCCUACAAAUAAACCAGUCAUAGGAGUCAAAUGGGUGUUCAAAACCAAGCUGAACCUUGAUGGAACAGUUCAAAAACACAAGGCUAGGCUUGUAGCUAAAGGGUAUGCUCAGAAACUUGGUAUUGAUUAUAAUGAAACCUUUGCCCCAGUGGCAAGGUUAGAUACAAUUAGAACUUUGAUUGCACUUGCAGCACAAAAGGGUUGGAAGUUGUUCCAAUUAGAUGUUAAGUCAGCCUUCUUGAAUGGAGUACUUGAGGAGGAGGUUUAUACUAAGCAACCAGAGGGGUUUGAAGUGAAAACAGCAAGUCAUAAGGUCUAUAAAUUGAAGGCUCUCUAUGGUUUGAAGCAGGCUCCCAGAGCCUGGUAUAGUGAAAUUGACACCUAUCUAACUAGCUGCAAAGAAGUACCAGUGAGGCCACCUUAUAUACCAGAACUGAUGAAGAAGGAAAACUGA